CGGAAGCUGUCGGGCUCUUGAAAUCAGUCGACCGCCCGACAGGAUCCACCCAACUUUCGGUCUCCGAAGUGACCAGCGCAAGAGACGUCAACGAGUACCCGAAACACGGAGCUGCGAGACGUCGUUGCCUGUAGACGUGCCGCAUUCUCUGUGGCUCUGCAAUGGUGCUCGUGCUUCUCCGUCCUGGGUGCAAGCAAGAAGAUGCCGCUCCUCAAUCGGAGCCGCUACCUAAAAUGCUUCUACUGCGGGUUCAGGACCUCGACGGCCUUCGACGGCAAGAUCCGCCGCUUCGAAUGCCUCAAGUGCGAAGCCACCAACUACUUAGAUGAGAAUGGAGAAAUCACCGACCCGCCUGUGGCGACUGAGCGGAUAGCGACGCCCGCUAGGUAUGCGGCGUCACACGCCCCGUCGCCGCCCACGAGUCCUACCAAUGCUGUCUUCUGUGCGACAUGCCUGAAGAACCAGCAUCUUCUGCGCGCCUCCUUAGCUCAAUACCUCCCAGACCCAGAUGACCCAGAGUACGCUGCUCGCGAGAAAAACCUCUACAAGUUCCGCAAUCGCCAAGAGAAACUGUACCCCCAGAUAUGCGCCGAGUGCGAGCCAAGAGUACGACAGCGUAUGGAGCAGGCCGCCUAUACUGCAAAGGCAGAUGUCCUGCGGCGCAUGGUCGACAGGAGCACGACGAUCCGGCGUAGCUCGACACAGACGAGCUGGUUGAAUCGGCUGGACUGGUUGGGCCGGUGGCUAUGGCUCGGCGGGCUAUUUUUCCAGCUUGCUUGGCAUGCCUCUAUUUUGCAGGAAGUCUAUCUACAGCAUUUCCAGGAAUCAGAUGGCGACCCCCAAGCUUUUCUACCCGUCAUUUUGCUCAAGAGCUGCGGCGCCGUUCUAGCACGUCUGCCGUCAACGGACCGGCUCAUAUCACUAAGUACGACUGCUAGCGUGAUGAGCGUGUGGUGGUGCCCACGAUUUGUCCAGAUAUUCCGGGGCUUUUCCAAGCACAUCAAAGGCGUCUCUGCGUGGUACACGUUCCAAGCCAUAGCCAUCGUCCUUCGGCUUUUGUUGCCAAAGGUGCCGGGCAUCACGAAGCCAGACCUCUCGCUCAUUUACCUCCAGACAGCCGGCCACGUCCUUGGCGCAGGCUUCGCGCUACUGAUUUACAAACUUGGGCCGCGUUCGAUUCGGAUUGACAUGGCGCCUCUGUUUCAGUCCUCUUCUGCGGCAGCCUCUCUGCGAUUCGAUCGCCUCCAACAUAACACCAUCGAGCCUCUGUCGCCAAGCCCUUCCCAAAAAGACGAAACCAAGAGCAUGGCGGAAUUACUCGAUGAGAUAUCGUAUACCCCUGCAGCAAACCAACUGGUCUCCUUCAACAGACCACCAAGCCCCGUCACCCUAGACGAAGACAUGUCUUUGCCGUCAUUUUCGCGAAAGAAACCCCAGAUGGGAUUCUCUCACAUUCCGCGGCAAACUGAGGAGCUGCCAAUAGACCUACUAAACUUAUCAUCCAGCCGCGUGCCGUCAGCAGCGCCGCAAUACGAGCAGGAGAUGGACUGGUCUCCGACGCAGUCCAAGUACCGCGCCUUCAACACGUAUGGCCAGCGGCAGACUCAAGGGUUCGGCGAGGCACCGACAGAAGAGCAUAAGGGCGCUUUUUGGUACCGCGUGCCUCCCGCCCCCACGACGCCGGCGCAGCUCGUCUACAACCCGCCAAACCAGCCGCUGCUGCGUAAAAGCCCUCUCACUAGGGAGCAGGAGCGGCAGCGGCAGCAGCAGCAGAACGUCCUUUUCAGGGGAAAGGACCGCACACUCCUUGCCAGAGAUGCAACCUUCCACAACAAGCAAGAUGACGGGAACGCUUCACAGCAUCGCGUCGCCUUUGCCGAGCCGUCCUUCUUCCCUCCCGCGCCUCAGAACGACCCGCGUAACUCCCUCUCUGAACUGUUUGGCGAGAGCUUGGCGCUCACGCCGAGCCAACAGGAGGACCGCCGCGCCCAGGCCGAGCGCGAGGGUGGUUCGUGGAUCAGCCGGCCGUGGCUGGGGCUGCUUGGUACGGGAAGCUCGGAGAAGAAGAGGAAAUAGAGAGAAAGGGGUAGAGGUUCUGCCUGUCCUGUUUUCUGGACGGAUGGGUUCAUGUGUACCUAGAUGGGUGGACGGGAUCAUGUGCCUAGCGACUUUCUUUUUUGUUUAUUUCUUAGUGUCAAGCCCUGUCUAUUCCGGCAUUGCGAUCAACGUGGCAUGACUGGGCAUUGGGUUACGGUUGGCUAGUACGGAAUAAAAUGCGUGCAUUUGCUAUUUUUAUAGUUAUAUUUAUUUAUCGCAUUCUCUGGCCGC